UGUGUUUGUGUUUGUUUUUCAAAACAAAGACAUUUUUUUAAUUAAAUUCAUAAUACUGUUUCUGCGCUGUAAUGACAGUUUUUGUAAUUAACUGUUGACAAUGCUGCUGAAAAUUCGACACGCACUGCUUGAAGUGACCAAUCAUCAAGUAUCCAAACAGUCAGCCAAGCAAUCGGCGGUUAUAAUCAACAACGAGAUCAUAAUUAGCUGUGGCAAUAUAUUGCAGCCAUUCAUUCGUCCAGAUGGAGAUGGAGUGAAAAUUAUCCAGAGCUUGCAGCAGUGCAAGCUGGUCGAUGCCCAGGACGGACACUGUGCUGAGGGCAAACUGCUGCGCACUUUAAGUUAUCUGGUGACCUUUGAUCGACAGCGCCGUCCACUGACCGAUCGCAGUGCUCAACAAAGUUCUGGUCAUUCAGCCCAUAUACUAACGCGCUAUACGGCCCAGCCUUUGUAUGUGUUCUGUGCCGCAGAAGUGUCGCGCAAUCUGCACAAGAUACUGAUGAACGCCGACAAUGAUGAACAAAAUGUACUGCGCUCUAGUUUUUUGGUGCUUACAAUGCGGGAGUUAAAGGAACGUGAGUCCUUUAAGCGUUUCCUUCAGCACAUUGCCAGCUAUUUGCGCUACCUGCAGCCAAUUCACACAUUGGACGAUGUGCUUGUUAUGUGCUCGCCCUUUGGCUUGGAGAACUUCUACAAAACCAUAAGCAUUGGCAAGGUAUCCAAUGUGAUGGGCAGUUCUCUGUUUGGUCUGUCUAAUGCCUUGCCCCUCGGCUGCGAGGGGGCUGCGGUAUUCAACAAUAAGCUCCGGCUUAUAGGCAUUAUCAUCUGUACUUCGUUUCAGAGGGAACAGGAAAACGUCAACCUGACUUUGGCUGCCAAUUUUGGUUAUCUUUUGCGAGAUUUUAUGGAACAACUGGGCACCCCCAUUACUAUGCUAAGCUUGCCACGAGAGCCAUCCGAUUUCGCGUGGGAACGCACAAUUGUGGUCAUCGAGUCGGCUGGUCAGCAAGGUACUGGGACUUACAUCAAAGUGCACAACAAGCGCUUCAUUCUGACCUGCGCGCAUGUUGUUGGUCAACCAAACUCCCGAGUGCAUUGCCGUGCUAUAGAUCGAGAAUUCAAGUCUGAUGUUAUUUGGUGCAAUCCGGAUGAGAAUCGCCCCUACGACUUGGCUCUGCUCACCGCUCCUCCGGAUGUGCCCGAGCAUCAUUGUGUUCGUUUGGCACGUAAUCGCGCAACGUUGGGCCAAACGGUUUACAAUGCCGGCUUUCCAUACUAUGUGAACUUUAACUUUAAGUACGACUUCAAUCCUUCCAUAUUCCAAGGGCGCAUUAUCAAGUGUGAUCAGGGCGCGCUUAUGUCCGACGGCAGCGUGCAGGCUGGACAGAGUGGUGGUCCUAUGUUUGACCAAAAUGGCAGCAUACUCGGCGUUUGCGUGUCCAAUAUUAAACACGAGGAAAUUGUCUAUCCUAAUAUAAAUACCGCCAUUCCGACGUUCGAUAUACGUCAAACAUUACAGGAAUUUGCGAGAACAAGUGAUAUAAAGGUGCUAAACAACCUUGUUGCAAGCCAGGAUGUCUGCCGAGUCUGGUCGCUGGAUAUGCCGCCCAUCCAAAGCAAACUUUAAAUUGUGUUAAAUUUU